UAAAAUUGGUCCAUGUGGUAUUCUCCAACUAAAUUGGAAGCUAUGGUAAAGUACUAUGUGUGAAUUUAUUAAGAGUUUGAAUGUUUGAAAAGGAGAAGCAACAUAUUUGCACCACAAACAAAGCAAACCUUUAAUUUUUCUAUAUAAUUAGCUAACCUCAUUUCAUUGCCUCUCUUGCCUAUAAAUAUUAAAUACUUCUCUUUCCAUUUCUUAAUCUCAAUCUCCAAUGGCUAAUCCAGAAAAAGAAGUGUUUUUCAACAACAACCAUAAUAAUACUAUCUCUUGUGAUUUUCUUGAGAACAUUCUCUCAAAACUCGAUACCAAAUCUCUUAAACUAUGCGAAUGCGUCUCGAAAUCUUGGCUCUCUCUGCUAAGAACUCCCUACUUCAUCAAUCUCCACCUCCAUAGUCAACAACCUCAUGUUGUUUUCCUCAAAAAAAAGGUAAGGAAAUUUUAUCACACUUUAUCCAUUUGUGAUGGUGAAAAUUUUGCCGAGAUUUCUUUACAAAAAUUUCCCUUUAUUGAGAGGGAUUACUCAUCUCCAUUAUUUAUGGGAAGUGAUAAUGGUGUGUUGGGACUUUUCUGCUUUAGAACUGAUGUGAUUCAUUUAUGGAAUCCCACCAUUAAUGAGUAUAAAGAAUUGCCUAUUUUUCUUGACUCGAGCUGUGUUGACUCUGUGCUUGGACUCGGUUAUGAUCCAUUAACCAAUGAUAUCAAAGUUGUUAGGUUCACAUCUCUAGAUGAGAAUGGUGUUGUUGGUACCCAUAAUUUGUUCAAACAUGGCAACCAAGUUUGGAUUUUUAGUUUGAGAAACAAUUCAUGGAAAAAAAUGGCUAUGCCUAACAUAUUUUCAGAAUUUGAAAUUCCUAUUUCUGAUAUAACAAUUUCUGUUGGUUUGGGUUGUUCCAUUGUUUUAAAUGAGUGUAUUCAUUGGAUGGUUUGGUUUGUAAACAGAAUUGGUUAUAACCAAUCAUCUUUAGGGAUAGUUUCUUUUGAUAUAAGUAAUGAGACUUUCAAGCAUAUAAAGUUACCUAAAACUGUGAAACUUGAAAGAGAUUAUGGUAACAACCUAGCUAACUUUUCUGGGUUUCUUUCCUUUUUCACUUUGAGUGAAUUUCAAGUAGUUGAGAUUUGGGUUAUGAAGAAAUAUGGUGACUCAGAUUCUUGGUUCAAAUAUUUGUCAUGCAAUUUACUCACUCUUCUUCCAAAUAGGUUUGGUCAAAGUUGUAGCUACAUUCCAGUUGGUUUUUUAAGAAAUGGGACUCUUGUAAUUUCUUGUACUGAAACUGAUUAUUGGUAUUGUUAUGAUACCAAAAGUAGGAGGGUUGGAAAUGUGAGUAAAAGAUUUGGUGUAUCAGAUUUCACUACUUAUGUUGAGAGUGCUUUUAAGUUAAAUGAUUGAGUAACUAUAAAUAGUGGCUUGGUGUAUUGUAUGUAUGUGGUUUCAUUAUGUAUGUAUUCAUUUAAUCUUACUGUGUAGCUUGAAUAUAGUUUCUCUAUAAUAUAUUCCAAGUUUAUAUACAUAUUCUUUUAUUUUU